GACAACAUGGCGAAUGGUAGUAUGUCAUCCAGAUUACAUUCAUACUACACACUCUCAUACUAUGUAGAAUGUCCUUUUUAGUGGUCAUGUAUUGAUUUCAGAUGCAACCUUAUAAUGUCUCCUUUACUUGCCAAAAAUGUCAAGCACAUGGCAAAUAGAUUUUAAUUUUAUUGGCCGAAGUGGAUGUUACAUCCCAGACAGCAAAAUAGUGUCAGGCCCAGAUAUGGGCCACAUCUGGAAAAUGUGGAUUCUACGCAUACCAGAUGUGUGCCGGAUCUGGGCCGACACUAUGCUGUUUUUUGUUAUGAUAUUAGUAAAUAAUAAACUAAAUGGUAAUUCCAAAAAAAUAAUUAUACUAAUUUAGUAUAUUUUUUUGGUUUUGAACAUUAUUGUAUUUUAAAUGCAAUUUUCUUCAAGUCAUUAUAUAAAUGACAAUGUUCCAUACAGGGUUAAAAUAAUUUUCUCAGCAGACUAAUGUCCCUUUGAUAUAAAAUGGGCACAAGUUACUGCCUCAAAAUUACACAUCUCCUUGCAUGAUGUCUCGCUCUAAAAGAAAUAGUGGGGACAUUCUUUUGGAAUGUUUUAUUCAUUACAUUUUAUAAGCGAUUCAAAUCAAAUAAAUCUAAUUCUAAUGGCUAUCCUAAUCAAAGAAACUAAAUAUAAUAUAUAAAUAUAGAAACAAAAAUUCUAUUAUAAGGGUAACUUGAAAUACACACGUUAAAUAAAGGCCACCAGCAAAUGGUAUGGCCAGCAGCAUAGCAUCGAGCACAAGUAACGUAAAUAAAGCGCACGUGAAGUGGGCGGGAAAAAUAUUCAUUGUUGAUGGACGUUGAGCGGCAAAAGACACGGCACACAUCACGAUGUUUUAUUCCCAACUCUUCGUCUCUAAACGAGGCACACUAGCCAAGAUCUGGCUUGCAGCCCAUUGGGAGAAGAAAAUAACCAAAGCACAAGUGUUUGAAUGUGACCUGGAGGCCACGAUCAAGGAAAUCCUAUCCCCCCAGAUUAAAAUUGGUCUGCGAACGUCAGGUCACCUUCUUUUAGGAGUCGUCCGGAUAUACUCGAAGAAGACCAGAUACCUUCUCUCAGACUGCAGUGAUGCGUUGGUCAAAAUUAAAGUGGCUUUUCGGCCAGGACAGACAGACCUGCCCAAUGAUGCAAUGGAGGCCACCUUUAAAACUAUCACUCUUCCGGAAGACUUCACUGACUUUGAAACUCAGCUACCUGAUCCCAAGACCAUUGAUGUGGUAGACCACUUCUCUUUGAAUCAGUGCCGCACCGAAGAUAUUACUCUCAAGGAGAACUUUGGGAACCACUUUCUCAACAUUGAAGGAAUAGGGGAGGAGAACCAGUCUUAUCAAGGAUUGUUUGAUCAGAGUUUCAGUGUCCAUGGCGACUGCUUUGGUGAUGAGGAAAUGGCUGUUGACCUCAUCGAUUUUAUAGCAAGUAAUACUGAGGAUGCUCUGAUGCCUGACUUGUGUGAUGGCACUCCUGAAUUACCAGCUACACCUCCUCCAACUGCUGUCAGUGCAGAGCCAGAGUCUGCGAAAACAGGACUUUUAAAUGGUAGAAGCAGUCCAGCCUUGACUGAGACCACUUUCUUGGUCAAUGCCGAAGAAGGUUUCGCUCUUGCACCGGUUGCUGUCACACCAUCUCCAACAAGGAAAAGAAUGACGAGAAAGAGGAAGCUGGUCAUUGACCGGUCAAAGGAACUAACUGAUGAUGCCAUCAGAGAUCAACUGGCUGACUGCUCUGACCUUUUAACCCCGUUGGAGAUAGCCCCGCCCACUCGGCAGCUCAUGGAGUGGAGGACGAAUGGAGGGGUGAAGCAGCUCUUCUCGAGUUUUUGCCUUCCAAUCUUACACCCUGACUUAAAGCAGCUGUUCCCUUGUGACACAUCACCUAGGAGACAGGGCUUGAAGGGAGGAGCAAGACAGCAAGCUGACCCCGAAGAGAUGAGAGAGCAAACUAGAGAGGCUGUCUUGGAGAACACUGUUGAGCCGGUCCUGCCAGACUGGAGUUUGCUGCAAGAGUCUGUUGGACAAGAUCAAGCAGAUAAUGCAAACACUACUGUAGAAACUUCUGUCAUUCAUCCAGAACCUCCUCCUUCCUGGAACACCACCAGUGAGGAGAGUAGGUUGGAGGUGUCGUAUCCAGAGCCUGUCUCUGAGAUCUCCAUGUUUGGUCAUUCAUCUGUAGAGACGAGGGAAACCCCACUGGUGACACAGACACAGUCAGCUCUGAACAGCCAGGAUGUGGAGGAUAAGAGACUAACCAGUCGGGCACAUGACCUUCUCCAGGCCCUUAAAAGACAAGACUCUUCUCCCAAUGCCUCGUACAGUCUUCACGCUUUAUGUGAAAGCAGCAGCCGUUCAUACGUGGCAGCUAUGUUUUUCUGCUUGCUGGUGUUAAAGAAACAACAACUUCUCGACCUGCACCAGAGCGCCCCAUACAGUGACAUCAUCGCCACACCUGGGCCUCUCUUUCACUCCCCCUAGAACAGGUAGCCAUGAAGAAAUUUAGGGGCAAAAAAACAUUUGAGGCUUUGACUCAUUAAAGGGCUUUGUUGUGUUAUUCAUGUUAUUGGAUGGAAACUAAUUUGGUGAGUUUCUGUUUUAAAAAAAAAAUUCAACAAUGUGUUAUGAAUUCCUGUGCUAAAAACAAUGAAAUGCUUCUUCAUAGUGUUAUACUGUUUCUAAUAUAUUAUAUAUUGUUCUCAGAUCUAUAUGAGCUGGCUUAAUCAUACUGUAAAGUAGCAUCUGAGUAAAUUGACCAAUAUUUGUUCAUUAUUGAAAAGUGAGUUGCAAUGGCUUGAAAGUCGAGCAUGAAUAGUUAUUAGUCUUUUCUUCCUUCAGUUUAAUGUUGUAAUAGUUAUGUUUUAAAAACAGUUCUGCUCCGUGUUGGUUAUUUUGAUCUGUAUUUUCUUUUCACACGAUCCUUAUAAACCAUUAAAUGUAUAAAUCAAAUAAAUAUGGCAAAACUAAAAGGAAAAACAAAAUCAUUAACUCUUUCUCAUGUUGUUACAAACUAAGACAUGCUUUCACAGACACUAAAGUGGAAGUCUAGGAGUUUACUCUUAAAAUGGGAGUGAAUGGGGACUGAUGUGAAUCUCAGUGAAUUGGGUGUUGAGAAAAAUAGCAUUAUAAAAAUGCAGCAAACAUUAAUGGAUGGCAGUGUUCACUGCAUGCACACUUAACCCUAUAAAGCCUACUGUAUCGUGUUUAAUAAAUUAAUUUAAGGUCUCUAAAUUAUCGACAUGAUCAAAACUUUGCUGAAAAUCUGUUGUACACAAUCUAGCCUUCUGUAAUACUUUUUUUAGCAAGUAAAAGGCCUUAUACAAUUUUACCAACAACGUCCCACUUUAGGUCGUGGUUCAUGUGUCGUUUUGCUGUGGAAUCUUAGUGAAUUUUAUAAAGCAAAUGUAUAAAUAUCUUAUAUAUUGUUAGUAAUAUUUGAAGAUGAACAUUUACU